GGAAAGCUAAGAAGCAAUCAAGAAAGCAACUUGUCCACAGGGAGACACCGACUCCACGGCAUCAUGAAGACUCUGACCCUCCUCUCCAUCUGCGCCCUCCUGUCGGUGUGCUGGUCCAUGGGAGCUGUUGAACCAGAGGUUGUCGUUGACCCCGCUGCCGACACAGCCGUUGCUGCCGCGCCUGCUGACCCAGCCGCUGCCUCCUCCGACUCAUCCGACUCAACCGACUCCUCCUCCGACUCUUCCUCCUCCGACUCCUCCGAUUCAUCCUCGUCCUCCUCAUCCUCCUCCUCCGACUCCUCCGACUCUUCCUCCUCCUCCUCCUCCUCCGACUCCUCCGAUUCAUCCUCAUCCUCCUCGUCCUCCUCCUCCGACUCCUCCGACUCCUCCUCGUCCUCCUCCUCGUCAUCCUCCUCCUCGUCCUCUUCCUCCUCCUCUUCAUCUUCCUCCUCCUCCUCUGAAUCUUCUGAAUCUUCUUCCUCUUCCUCCUCCUCCUCAUCCUCCUCCUCGUCCUCCUCUUCUUCCUCCUCCUCGUCUUCUGAGUCCUCUUCUUCUGAGUCCGACUCCUCCGACUCCUCUGACUCAUCCGAUUCUUCCUCCUCUUCUUCAUCAUCAUCCUCCUCGUCUUCAUCAGAAUCAGAGUCAGCUGAGGGUAAGGUGGUCGUGAAGAGAGACCUGGCUGCUAUUCUCCUGAGGAGAAGAAGAGCUGCCCCAGCAGGAGACCUCACCCCUCUGCAGCUCGAGAGCCUGAGAGAAGUGUGCGAGGUGAACAUCGCCUGUGACGAGAUGGCUGAAACUGCAGGCAUCGUCGCCGCAUACGUUGCCUACUAUGGACCCGUCCCCUUCUAAGUUAAAAACUCCUCUUUCAUCCACAUGGGAAGUGUUUUUCUCUGUCAUUUUGUAAUAGAACGGCACAACAACUCCACUGAAUCCACCUGAAGGAGCAGACAAUCCCAAAAAAAAAAAAAAAAAAAAAAAAAAAUUGGCACAUGUUACGAUGCUAGAUGGAGAUUUUGUUCGGCACAGAUCCUUGCACAAGUGACCAGCUUUGGUGGUCCGGUAUGAAAAGGCCUCCUCCAGGCUUUCAGAGAGAGGCACAUGGAAACACAAGCCUGUGAAGUAUGUCGUAGCCCACGCAAGAUUAAAUUAUUCUUCACGUCUAGAAUAUAAUACAAUGAAUGGUGCUACAAGUGCAAAUGUAUUGUAUGUUAAUGUAUUGAUGUUUUUAUGUCGUGCUUUAGUCUUACUUUAACUAGAAGUAGUGGAUCUAGUAAGUAGUGGAUGGAGUAGUGAGUUCUUAGAGUACUGUAGUUGUAGUAGUAGUAGUCUAUUGAUAGUGGUAGUGGUACUGUACAGUGUGUGUAAAAUGCACAUCAGUUAUCUGCAAUGACUGUAACCACAAAUUGCCUCUGGGUU